GCAUCAAAUUGAAGUAUCAUUUUUCCUGCUCUCAUUUAGUCUCCCUUCUUUUCCUGCCCUUGUUCAAUGAUCUAUGAAUUUGCUCGUCGAAAUUGCAUAUGCCUUCUCCAUCACGAGAUGUGCCUCGACGCACCCAUCAUCAAAUCAUCAGUAAUCCAGCACUGCCUCAUGUAUCGACGCCAUGAAAUCUUUUUCUUUUUACCUCUUUGGGUGUAUAUCACAAAGAACCUGUGCUCCAGAACAGAUACCCGUCGCAGUUCUUUUUCAUCUACAUUGGCCCCCUCCCUCAUUUCACCUGAGCGUGAAGGCAAGACCUUUCUGUCUCCCAACUCUGAAAGGGGGUGUGGCCAUUGGCAAUCUUGCUGCUCACAGCUCAUCC